UGUAAAUAUGCCAGAGGUGUUUGUGAUGAGGCUACAAAGAUGAUCGAAGCAUUUGCAAACCAUCUGAGCAGUCAUCUUGGACGUCAUCUGUUCUACUGGGCGGCGAUUACAACAUCAACGCCUCCUCGGGGCCUUAAUCUGCGUCUGUCCGAGAUAGUUAACAAGAUUCACGGUCCCCUCGAACGGGGCGUGAAAGUGCUGGAUCAUUUAUUGACCCUCGAGGAGGACGACUUUACCGGACAUUGGGGCAGCGCCUAUGCGCACAGCUAUGAGCCGGAAUACGCUGUCCGUGUUAAUGAAACUGAAUCGGAUACGGAUACGGAAAUUGAAAACGAGGAGCAGCCACCGCCGGAAGAUCCACAACAACAACAACAACACCAACAACAUUACAACAUGGAAACGCUUAACAAUGGCAACGGACUCUUGCACUCGCCCCCACACAAUCAUCAGCAGCACCAGCAACAACCACAACGCGGCGCCACACACACCUCUCCAGUUGCAGGGUCGAGUUCAGGAAGUGCAGCUGAUCACAAUAUUCAAAUAACCCAACCGAUAAGUGCACCAACCUCGCCGUUAGCAUCGCCAGUUGCUCUCAAUUGCAGCCACAGUGGCGGCAGCAAUAGUGGUGGCACCACAUUCUGUCUACCUUCUAGCUCAACGGAUGCAGCAGCAACAAAUGCCACAACGUCCGCAGUCAACGUCAACAGCGGCAGCGGGUCAUAUGUGUGUGCAGCUGGCAGUAACAGCAACAACAGUUAUGCCGCCGUCGGCGCCUCCAAUGCAAUUGACACCGCCGAUCCCAAUUGGCAGGCGAGCAAGGCGACGGUGCUGGAGCGGAAUGCGGCCAUGUUCAACAACGAACUCCUCUCGGAUGUCCGGUUCAUUGUGGGCAGUGACUUUGAUUUCGAUCCGAUUCAAACUAUUCCCGCACACAAGUACAUACUUGCCACAGGCAGCUCGGUUUUCUAUGCCAUGUUUUACGGCGGAUUGGCGGAGAACAAGGAGGAGAUCAAAGUGCCCGAUGUAGAGCCCACAGCUUUUCUCACAUUGUUAAGGUAUCUAUAUUGUGAUGAAAUCAAACUGGAGCCGGAGCAUAUUUUGGCCACAUUGUAUGCUGCCAAGAAAUAUAUUGUGCCACAUUUGGCGCGUGCUUGCGUCAACUAUCUGGAAGUCAAGCUGACGGCAAAAAACGCCUGCCUACUUCUCAGUCAAUCGCGUCUGUUCGAGGAGCCCGAACUGAUGCAGCGUUGCUGGGAAGUGAUCGAUGCCCAGGCCGAGAUGGCGGUUAAGUCCGAGGACUUUGUAGACAUUGACCUAAAGACAUUCGAGUCAAUCCUCUCCCGAGAGACCCUCAAUUGCAAGGAGAUCCAUUUAUUUGAGGCCGCUCUCAAUUGGGCGAUGAAUGCAUGCGAGAAGAUGAGCAUCGAUGAGACGUCGGCAAACAAACGACGGGUUUUGGGACAGGCUCUACACAUGAUACGCAUACCGACUAUGACACUGGAGGAGUUUGCCAAUGGGGUAGCCCAGACUGGCAUGCUCACAUCCCAGGAAACAAUUGAUAUGUUCUUACACUUUACGGCCAAAGAGAAGCCCAAUCUCAGUUUUCCGACGCGAUCGCGUGCAGGUCUCAAAACUCAAGUUUGCCAUCGUUUUCAAUCCUGUGCAUAUCGUUCAAACCAGUGGCGAUAUCGAGGUCGAUGUGAUUCCAUACAAUUCUCAGUGGAUAGAAGAAUCUUUAUUGUGGGCUUUGGGUUAUACGGCUCCUCCACUGGUGCGGCCAACUACAAUGUGAAGAUUGAAUUGAAGCGUUUGGGUCGCACUCUAGCCGAGAACGACACCAAAUUCUUUUCAGACGGUUCAAGCAAUACUUUUCACGUUUUCUUUGAGAAUCCCAUACAAAUCGAACCAGAAUGUUAUUAUACUGCCUCAGUAAUACUCGAUGGCAAUGAAUUAAGCUUCUUUGGCCAGGAGGGAAUGUCCGAAGUGCUAAUGGGCAAUGUCACAUUCCAAUUCCAGUGCUCCUCAGAGAGUACAAAUGGCACUGGCGUCCAGGGCGGUCAAAUUCCUGAAUUGAUCUUCUAUGGACCAACUACAGCUACGGGUCUAAACUCGCCCACAAACUCAAUAGGCGCUAACUUAAUCGGAACAAUGCCAGUGGUUGCCAAUGUCAGUGUCACUGGAUCAUCAGCUGAGUCCGGGAGUAACAAUGCCAACAAUCCUAUAGAUGAAUUGUUGCCAUCUCAUAAUAGUACCGCGACCAGCAGCGAUGGAAGCAACACCUGAUGCAACAUCUACUAUCGACAACAACAACAACAACAGCAACAGAAAAGACCAAUACAACAACUACAACACACACAAAAUAGAAACUCAUGGGUUUUCAGUGCAAUACAACAAAACAAAUUGGAGUUUUAAAAACGCGAUAUUAUUAUACACAAUAUAAAUAUAUAUGUAUAUGUAGUUUUAUACACAUACCUAUACCAUCAUAAUACAGUAGAAUGCUCUAGAUUUUUUAGUACAUAGAUCUAUAUGUGCAUACAUAAAUGCAUACAUAUAACGCCUGUUGGUAAAUGCAUACAAGCAAGUUUUAAAAACUAAAAGAAGUAAACCCAAAGAGAUUGAAAUUACUUAUAAAUAUUUAAAUCAAUACUGGUCAGCUAUUUUGUAGACUCAAGCUUAUGCUUUGCAAACCUGAAAUGUUGCCAGAUUCAAAUUCAGGUAAAUAAAGACACUUUCAAUAAGCAAUUGAACACCAGGCAAUCAGUCAGUAUAAGGAUAACUAAAAACAUACUUUUUUGCCAGCAUAUACUAAUCAUAUAUAUAGAUUGAGAUACAGAUGCAGAUAUACAACAUAUGUAUACACACUUUAAGAAUAUAUAGAGGCAUGUUAAAGUAUGCAUACGAAUUUGAAAAAGCCAUGUUAAACAUAUAAUAUACAAUAUAUAAAGUUGGGAAUCUGCCAAGCCCUCAAACUACAUAUAAUAUUCAUUUAUGAUCAAACAAAUUCUCUCUACCUUGUACUGUUCAAUUAAAGAAAAAUUUAUUUUUAAUUGGUUCUUUAUAUAUACAAUUGAUUUUUCUAAUAUUUUAAAGCUGCGAUACGCAACAAUACAUUUAUAUUUUUUUUUUUUAGAAUUGUACUGAUUUUUGAUUUUCAAAUAAAACCAACGUUUCUUUAAUGAGCAUUAAGUUAAAGUUAUCUCAUAAAGAAAAGAAUCACACAUUAACAAAACCUAUAACUGUAUACUUAUUUGUGGUAAAAAUCUACUUGAAGUAUGUAAAGUUAAAAACGAAUACCCGCAAAAUAAAAUAAUGAUUAUU